ACUAUACCAUAAUCUUAAUCUUUCACCCUUAUAUAAGAUUGUCUUUAUAUUCUUAUGCGCAGAAAUGUUGAUAUUACCUUAUUAAAAAUAUACUUGUCAAUGUCUAGUAGCCAUUCACAAACGAUUUUUCAAAAAUCGACUGUCUGAACGCGCUAUGUAAACACAAUGGCACCGAUUCUUACUAUUAAGAAUAAUAACUAUCUCAACGGAUUACUACUUUUGGUAAUACCGUUGCGAUAGCAUAAAAAAUAUAUGGAAAUUAUUAAAAUUUAUAUUUUUUUUCAGUGGAUUAUUUGGAUUAACCUGAUUUCUAAAUUUCAUCUGAAAUAAUAAUAAUCGUUUCGCACAUUUAUGAAUUAGUUGUAACCAUGAGAAUGAUUCACUAAGAUAUGGAGAUGAACACGUUACGUCUUAUUAUUAUUAUAAUCAUCAAUAUUGUAUGAUUGAAUUCCUCGGAUUUCUGUCUUGUAUUAUUCAGUUCCUACAUCAUCUCCGUUGGUCAUGUGACGCCUACAGUAUACUUCUCCUGUUCCAUGGCUUAGAUGAUGAUAAACUCAAAGAUGGUAAAUGACACUCAAACUCUGAAAUUUCAUUUUAACUAAUGACAAAGUGAAUAAAUUCAAAAUAAUUCGAAAUUAAAUUAAAAAAUUUUUUAUUUGAAGAUAAAAAAUAUCAGUUAUGUAGUGAGUGAGUGAUUUGAAGAUUACCACUUGAAGCUGUUGCACAUCAAAAUCAACCUACCAAAUGGAGAAUGAAAAAUCCGCUUUCAAUAGAUCGUCGAAUUCAACACUAACAAAACAAAGUCGAAUCAAUAGUAAACGUAGCCAGUUGCGUAGUUUAACACACAGAAUGACUCCACGAACAAUGAAUAGGUCAGAGGAGAUACGAUAUGAACAGAAAUCAAUAAAUCCAGAAGACUCUUCAACUGCUCGUGUAAAUACUCGAUUGUUUAAUGCACGUAAACAAUUCUCUAAAACCUCUGUGCCUACAAUAUCGUUUGAUGAUCAAAGUUCCCCAACAACUAGUCCUCAAUCAUCACGUUCAACCUAUAGUCGUAAUGUGAUGCAUAAAACUGACUCAGUCGAUUCUAGAACAUCAAUGCCUGUAUCACCAAGUGAAUCGAGUUAUUCACCAAAUUUUGAAAAGAAUUUAGCACAUGUCACGACAACUAUGCGAGCGUUAUCCACCUCUCCGCGUAAAGGUUCACCUAACGCUUUAAUACCUCCAUAUAAUAGAACUUUGCAUCCAUUAACCUUUUCAUAUGAUUCCAUAAGCCCUGAGUAUACUGUAGAUAAUAAAUCGAGCACAGUUUCUCCGACUACUAAAACUACUACAAGUGAUAAAUUGUCAUCUGAAGGGUAUACUACAUGCAAAACCAACCAUAAAGGUUCUCUGAGUCCUAAACCUUACCUAGUAAGAAGUGGUAAUGUGAUUGGUAGAGAUUUCAUGCCAAGUACAUUACCAUCGAUAUCCCCUACAACUACAACAACAAUGGAAGAUAAUACACUGUUAAGUUUAGUUCAUCAAAGAUCAACAGAGUCACAUGAUUCCUCGAUAAGUAUGCCUAGUGUAACUAGUUCUGGUGGUAGCCCAUAUACUUCAGGUGGAUCACAGUUACUUAGAUCAAAUAAAAAAGAAGAUAAAUUAUACAGAAGUGCUGAAGUUAAUUUCAGUAUGGAUGAACAAGGAAUGAAGCAGCCUGAACAACAUAUUGUAAGAAGAUCAAGUUAUGAAAUGGCUACCGGAAAAAUAGAGAUUCCUAUAAAAAAUUCAAAGAAGAAGUCGUGGAAGGAAGCGCUGUGUUCCUUAAAGGCUAAAAAAGACUUACUGUUCAAGAAAAGAAUGAAACAAACUGAUGAAAACUUGGAAUUCGGAGACCCUGUGUACCAUUUACUGAGAUGUGCUGCGUCCCCAGGUCAUCAACCCUCCACCUGUAAAUGUAUCUGCCAUUUAGAAAUUGGUGAAGAAUGUCCUAAAGUAAUCAGUGAAAUGACUAAACCAAUCAAAGUUAUAUGCGCACCAGCAGCUCGUAGAAAAUCCCAACACCUGACAUCGUCAAAAUACUCUUCGUCAAAUACACAAGCUACACAACAAUUCAACUUUCCUAAUGUUAACGAACAAAAUACACAAUCAAAAGUAAAAUCUUCAGUAGUUGUAGCACUUGAGAAAAAUAGAACUACUUCAAGUAACAGUCAGUUAUUUCAUCAAACACAAAGAUGAUAAUUAUUUUUUUGUGUGUGUAUGUGUUAAAUCAAUAACUUUUCACAUGAUUUUAUUCAACGAUUUGUGCACAUAACUAUUACUAUUCUCAAGUCUUUUCAACCUGCAGAGGCUCUAACACACUCAAAAUGCAACAGAACACAAGCUAAGUAUAAGCAGUAUAGACGGAGAGUACUCAGCUCCAUUUUAUUACAAUGAGUUAUUUUUUACCAAUUAUUAUUUUCGACGUGCUGCCAAGAACAGAGUUUUAUCAUAUACCAGAAAAACAACAACUGGCGGUGGGAUAGGGGAAUGAGAUGUCGACAGAUGAAGUACCUUCCAUACGAAUUUCCUCCCUUUUCCCUUUUUUGUUUUAUAGAAACUGCACAGUUUUUACAGUGAAAAUAAGCUGCUUGAUAACAAAAUAGAUCACAGAUGAUUAUUCUACAAGCUAGUUUUACAAAUUUUAUUCAAUCAUGAAACGUUUUUUGUACAAAUUAGAUGGAAACUAUUUCACUGACUUACAUUUCAAAGCUGAGGCAUUGUACUUUGCCAAUGAUCAAAACAUUCCUUAAACCUAAUACACAUUUUACAUAUAUAUAUACUACUUUUUACUGAAUUCAGCUCAUAAAACUUGUCCAUCCAUUUAUCCAUGUACACUAGAAUAACAUUAUAUUUACAUAUGAAUUUAUUUUAUUUUUUUAAUUUCAAUUUAACAUUUAUCCAGAAUGAGUGUAAGUAAUAAUGAUAAGUAGAAAGUGAGACAGUUGGUCAGGAGAGAAGUGAGCAUUGAUUUCACUUUUUUUAGACCUUAUCACUUUCUUCCAGUAUGUGUGUGUUGUAGCUCUAGAAACACUGACAGAUAACAAAUGUAUUGAUUCUUCUUCUUUCACACUUUUUCUUUGAUUUGUUCCUUCAGUUAGCUUUAGACAGAGAGGCUGAAGUUGUAACUUUCACAGGAGUAGAACCACAAGACUAUAUAUAAUAUCACUGAAGUGACAUAAAUGUUUACACUUUUUGUUUAUUUUCCGUCUUCUUCCUUGUUCUUAUCCUUUUUAUGAUUGAUUCUAUUAAUCUCCAAAACUGUGAUUCUUUUUUUGUUAGUCAAUUCAUAGAUGUGUAUACUGGUGAUAAAAAAUGAAAUUUAAGUCAUGAAUGAUGAACCAAUACACUAUCACGCAUACACGUGUCAAACAUGCAUCUAUACAAACACCGAAGCACACAUAUGUUACAUGGUUGUUACAUGUACCAAAUACUGCAACAACAAAAUAAUAAAUAAAUUACUGAAAUUUAAAGAAAAAUUAUAGUAGUUUGUUUUAAAAUUUCUCGAUUUUUUCUUUUCUUCAUACAUAUAGUCCCUAAAGGCUUUUUCCAAUAUGUAUGUCCAUAUAUAUAAGCU